UUUAAUUAAAGUAAAAUCGUUUCAAUACAUAAUUUUUUAAGGGCUAUCCUGUUUUGAUAAUUUCAGAAUAAAAUAACUUGAGAAUGUAAAGAAAAAACAUUUCUUAAAGUCUCAUCUCCACACAAUUUAUUUCUAAAAAGAUCAACAAUAUUACAGUUACAACGGAGGGAAAAUAACUAUUAAAAAUUUUUAAUUAUCUCAAGAAACGGCAACGUUUUGAUUUUGAAUGAACAGCGAGAUUAAAGAACCCUCGUUUGAUUCUGAGAGUUUGGGUAUGAGAGGGGUGUCUGCUACCGUGGAAGCAUGUGUUGUUUUUGAAGAGAUUGAAGCAAUGACGCCUCACACCACGCCUCUUCAGCUUAAUCGCUUCGCCGAGGUCGGUAAUGCUGUCGCAGAUGCUGCAGGAGAAGUUAUCCGAAAAUACUUCAGGAAGAACUUCGACGUUCUUCACAAACAUGAUCUCAGUCCAGUAACCAUUGCAGAUCGAUCGGCUGAGGAGGCUAUGGUUUCAAUUAUACUUGACAAUUUCCCUUCUCAUGCAAUUUAUGGAGAGGAAAAUGGGUGGAGGUGUAAAGAAAAGACUGCUGAUUACGUUUGGGUAUUAGAUCCCAUAGAUGGGACAAAGAGUUUUAUUACUGGGAAACCCGUAUUUGGUACUCUCAUUGCUCUUCUACAAAAUGGAAUACCAAUCCUUGGCAUAAUUGAUCAACCUGUGUUAAAAGAGAGGUGGAUCGGGAUAAGUGGAAAGAGAACUACACUGAAUGGACAAGACAUAUCUACCCGCACUUGUGCAGACCUUUCUCAAGCAUACUUGUACACCACAAGCCCACAUCUGUUCAGUGGAGAUGCAGAAGAGGCAUUCAUCCGUGUUAGAAGCAAGGUUAAAAUUCCAUUAUAUGGCUGUGACUGCUAUGCAUAUGCUCUUUUGUCUUCUGGUUUUGUGGAUCUCGUUGUUGAGUCUGGUUUGAAGCCGUACGAUUUUCUUGCACUAGUACCCGUUAUUGAAGGUGCUGGAGGUGUCAUAACUGAUUGGAAAGGAGAUAAACUGUUUUGGGAAGCUUCUCCAUUUUCAAUCGCGACAAGUUUUGAGGUUGUGGCUGCGGGUGACAAACAGAUUCAUCAACAGGCUCUUGAUUCAUUGCAAUGGAAGUGAUAGCUUGAAUUAACUUUCUAUAGGAAUAAUCGUAACAUUAUUAUUCGGCAUUUAUUUAAGUUGAAAACUGUAUACUCGGAAUCUUGAAUCUCUUGCUGAAAUUAAUCUCUAUCUCAGUUGGAUGGAUUCAUGAACUCUCAAAACCUGAUAAACAAGUUCAAAAAUUCGACAUAUAAA